AUGGGUAUCGAGGAGCGCAGCCUCACGACAUUCUCCACCAGGGCCCAUGCAACGCCAUCAUGCGGCUUCUAUCACCCGUCACAGCUGAGACGACGCCAGUACCUGUGUAACGUCACCAAGCCUGACAUGUACCUGGUCAGAGUGGUCCUGCCGAAGUCUGGCUCCACUGUGGGCUUUGGCCAGGUCAGGGACAUCUUGAAGAGGGAGUUCAACCGCUCAGUGGAGUUGCAGUUCCUGAGAACUCCGUCUAGCUUUGCGUUCCGUGUUGUGGCGGGACCUCUGAUCUUCACUGCCAUGUCUGUCGUCAACGCUCUGCGCCAAUCAACACAAAGCUCCUCCUUGUUCCCAACUGUCUCACCCCUCUACGGCAUACCUGAUCGCAAGUACCAGAUACGCUCUGUGCUGCAGUUUGUGCCCGGUCACGUGGAUGUGCGUGUGUGUAACUUCAGUGAGCGAGUGGAGAGAGGACUGCUGAUGGCCUACACGGAGACACGCAGACGCGCACACGAAUUUGGCAACGUUACUGUACAGCUGCUGAACAUCACCAUGGGUCAGGCCAAGCCACAGGGUGACCAGAAGGUUCCGGUGGACAUCACGUUUGCGUUGCGUGAUGGGCGGGGCUACCUGUUGGGGUCAGAGGUCAGCGGUCACCUGAGACGCCUAAGCACGGUGGAGUUCAGCUUCUACCUGGGCUUCCCCGCGCUGCAGAUCGCUGAACCCUUCCACUACCCCGAGCUGAACGUUUCUCACCAUCURCGCUCCUCCUGGGUCCGCACAGCGAGGAGGCCCAGUAGAGGAAAGUACCUGAUCCAGGCCAGGACCAGUCUGAUACGCUUGACUACCUCCCACCAGCAACCCUCCUAUACCCAACUACGCACUGGAUUCCGAGAUACCGGACGCUCCCUAGACGAAGCCUGUAAGAUUCCACAGCCAGUCGAAUCGUUGUUCUCUGACCACUACACAUAG